AUGAAGCUUUUUUCUUCCCUUCUUGCAUCGACCGCUCUUGGCGACGUCUACAUGCACUUCCCAAGGGGCUCCAACAACCGGCUCAACGAGAACUCCGAAGGCCGACGCAACGGAAAUCGACUUUUCGACUCCCAAAACAACAACGAAGGCGGCUACAACGUCGGUGACAGAUUCGACAAACCUGCCAAGACUGCCGACGAGCAAAGCAAAGCUGUCUUCUUUGAGUCCACUGCUGAAGCCGCUUCUGAAAUCGCGAUCGAAUGGUGGAACCAGCACGGCUGCGGCAAGCGAGAUGAAAACGACGCGAACUGGGUCAACUGUCAGAUUGUCCUUCAGUACAUGUGCGAGGACUCCUCUUCAACUAAGAUCCAGAACGGACUCAACACCAACACUCCCGCUUACAGCCGACCAAAGAACGAUGAAUCCCAGCAACAGUAUGCUGAUCGCAAACGCAAAGAUACAAUGGACAAUGAUCACGCCCAACGAGGAGUCCACGAGUCUUGGGAAUACUACGACUCCUGCUACAGGAGAGAUAGAAAUUAUGGGCUUUUCACUGGCAACGAAGGCCGAGUGCGAGGCGGGGCGAUCUUCACCCGACAAAAUCCAGGAGGAACUCGCCGGGGUUACGAGUGCCCAGAAGAGAGAGAUUACUAUCCUUACUGGCAUCCAACUCCGUGGAAAGAUAUCGCUGUUCUCACUUCCGAGCCAAGCAAAUGCCAAGAUCUGACAUCAGAAAACGGCAACAGAAAUAUGAAAUACGAAUGCGUCCACAAUAUCGACGCCAAUACAACUCUCGGAUACAGUAAAUACAACAACGAAGAAGAAUGUACGCACUUUGGCGGCGAAUGGGUUGGUUUUUACAACCCGAAAUUCAUCUUUGAGGAUAUUGAAGACAAAGAUGCCUGCGAUGCACUUGCGAAGGACUCUGAUUUCAAGAACGAUAUCAUCUGGGGAGUUCCUUUCCGAACAGGCGAGGGCCGAAGAAUUGCUCCACAAGAAAAGUGUCUUCUCUUAGAAGAAGCACCCGAGUGCAAGAAAGCGCCUUGGUCCCGAGCCAAUCAUCUCGGUCAAACUGAUGACACCGACUACUUCCCAACUUAUAAAUGGGAGCUUCCAAACUUUCACGGUCUUCUCGAAUCGCAAGAAUGCGUUCUCCGAAUCCGAUACAACAUCACAACCAACGACUAUCUCGACGACUUCGCUUCCGAAAACAGCAAGGCUUAUUUCCCUGGGCUCGAAUCUCACGAUGAUCCUGAAGUAACUUAUCGAGGCGCUCGACUUCAACUCGCCCUUGAUUCUGCUCAAACCGGCCGCGUCUUCCAAGAUCGAUCUCACAUCUUCCAGCUGAAGCCUCGACCACAAUCCGUUCCUUCCGAUAAAGUCAUCAAAAACCUCGGCGUUCGUGGUCGACGAGGCAACAUCGUUCAAGCGUUCCCUUCUGUUGAAUACGACUUCUCUCCGACUAUUCUCGAAAUGAAUCAAGACGAUCUUGUGCACAUUCAAUGGGAAGGAAGCAACACCAAUCCCAACUCAGAUGGCGAAGGGCGACAAGGAACUGAUAGAUCCAACAUUGUUCCAAUCACUGUUCCAGGCGCGAGCAUCCCAGCUGGUCUUCCUUCUUUCCCCAACAACGACCUCAAUGAAGAUUACUGUCAAUACACUGAUGCUGAUGGAACAAUUCGAACUUUCCGAGCCCUCAUCGUCCGAGACAGCUCUUUUCCAGAGAUCGUUCAGCAAUGCGAAGCUGCAAAAAUGACUCUCCCUGAACCCACAACUCAAGAAUACAACGAUGCUCUGGUUGAGUUUUGGAAUCCAAAUGGUAACUGGAGAGGCGAUAUUCCAAUUGGAAUGGCUGCCGACUGGGCCGCUCUUUCCUCUGGCGAGGCUGCUUCCUUCCACCAGUUCCGACAUCAACGACCACCAAUCGGCCAGAUCGACCACUACGCCAUGAUCGACUCUAGGGGCAGAUGGUACGAUGACAUGAACGAACACCGAGUCUUCUCCAGAGCUGUCUGUUUUGCCGAAGUUGCAGGAGACGAGUUUGCCGAUGAGCCAAAGAUGUUCGCCGACUGGAUCUGGAGCGCUGCUGAUAGUCUUGAUAAAUUGAAUAACACUGAAGAACUCGAACUUCAAUUGGCAUCAUCUGGGUAUUACCAGUGCUACAACAAACAAGACUGCGCCAACUCCUUCGAAGAAAAGAAGGAUUCUCUCCAGGAUCAACUCAACAAUGCACCAGCAUAUUUCGCCGGAAACAUUGUGCGAAUGAACCCAGGCGUUCACCAGUAUCUGUCUACAAGAAACAACAACUUCUCCAACCGCGCCCAGAAGGGAACCAUUAUUGUUAACUAA